AUGGUACUAGGCGAAUUACCUCCAGAAAUCAAUCAUAUUUUUGCUGAACCUGAGCCACGGCCAAAUAAAAUUGUAAGACACAUAUAGCUUUCUGCAGCGUUUUCAGGCAUAAUCGUUUUUAUCUUUCUCUAUUUCUCGACCCAAGUUUCCAUGCUAAAAUUGAAUUCUGGGGGUCUGAAGAGUGCAGGUGUCCAAACAUCGAUCUUGUUUAUCUCUAUCAUUUCUAUUAUAGGGCUUUAUUUUUGGUUUUGGUAUGCUGGAAAUAUUAUUGAUACAAUCAAAAUUUUGCUGGUCUUGCUAAUUGUACCUAUCAUAGCCAACUCACUGUUUCAAAGCAAUAAAGUAGCUACCGAUAAACAAGGAAAGGAAAAGAAAGGAAAAUAA